UCCGGGUUACUGAGCGCUCGGGGCCUUUUCAAAUCGGGAUCCGUUACCGCUUCCCCAGCAGCCGCCAUUGUCGCGCUCGGAGCCCCUCAGCUCAGGCGGCCGAGGCGGAGGCAGAGGCGGCGGGAUGGCGGACGCCAACAAGGCCGAGGUGCCCGGGGCCACUGGUGGCGACAGCCCGCACCUGCAGCCCGCGGAGCCGCCGGGCGAGCAGCGGCGAGAGCCGCACCCCCCGGAGGCGGAGAAGCAGCAGCCGCAGCACAGCAGCAGCUCCAAUGGCGUUAAAAUGGAGAAUGAUGAGUCAGCGAAAGAAGAGAAAUCUGACUUAAAGGAAAAAUCUACAGGAAGUAAGAAGGCCAAUAGAUUUCAUCCGUAUUCAAAAGACAAGAAUUCGGGCACUGGAGAAAAGAAGGGUCCAAAUCGUAACAGAGUUUUCAUUAGCAACAUCCCAUAUGACAUGAAAUGGCAAGCUAUUAAAGAUCUAAUGAGAGAGAAAGUUGGUGAGGUUACAUACGUGGAGCUCUUUAAGGAUGCGGAAGGAAAAUCAAGGGGUUGUGGUGUGGUUGAAUUCAAAGAUGAAGAAUUUGUAAAGAAAGCCCUAGAAACUAUGAACAAAUAUGAUCUUAGUGGAAGACCCCUAAAUAUUAAAGAGGAUCCUGAUGGAGAAAAUGCUCGUAGGGCAUUGCAGCGAACAGGAGGAUCGUUUCCAGGAGGACAUGUCCCUGAUAUGGGAUCAGGGUUGAUGAAUUUACCACCUUCCAUUCUCAAUAAUCCAAACAUUCCUCCUGAAGUCAUCAGUAAUUUGCAGGCCGGUAGACUUGGUUCCACAAUUUUUGUUGCCAAUCUUGACUUCAAAGUUGGUUGGAAGAAGCUAAAGGAAGUGUUCAGCAUAGCUGGAACUGUGAAGCGGGCAGAUAUUAAAGAAGACAAAGAUGGCAAGAGCAGAGGAAUGGGCACUGUCACUUUUGAGCAAGCAAUUGAAGCAGUUCAAGCAAUUUCUAUGUUCAAUGGGCAGUUUUUAUUUGAUAGACCUAUGCAUGUGAAAAUGGAUGACAAGUCUGUUCCUCAUGAAGAGUACCGUUCACAUGAUAGUAAAACACCGCAAUUACCACGUGGUCUUGGAGGCAUUGGGAUGGGACUUGGUCCGGGUGGACAGCCUAUUAGUGCCAGCCAGUUGAACAUAGGUGGAGUAAUGGGAAAUUUAGGUCCAGGUGGUAUGGGAAUGGAUGGUCCAGGUUUUGGAGGAAUGAAUAGAAUUGGAGGAGGAAUAGGGUUUGGUGGUCUGGAAGCAAUGAAUAGCAUGGGAGGAUUUGGAGGAGUUGGCCGAAUGGGAGAGCUGUACCGUGGUGCGAUGACUAGUAGCAUGGAGCGAGAUUUUGGACGUGGUGAUAUUGGAAUAAAUCGAGGCUUUGGAGAUUCCUUUGGUAGACUUGGCAGUGCAAUGAUUGGAGGGUUUGCAGGAAGAAUAGGAGCUUCUAACAUGGGUCCAGUAGGAUCUGGAAUAAGUGGUGGAAUGGGUGGCAUGAACAGUGUGACUGGAGGAAUGGGGAUGGGACUGGACCGGAUGAGUUCCAGCUUUGAUAGAAUGGGACCAGGUAUAGGAGCUAUACUGGAAAGGAGCAUCGAUAUGGAUCGAGGAUUUUUAUCGGGUCCAAUGGGAAGCGGAAUGAGAGAGAGAAUAGGCUCCAAAGGCAACCAGAUAUUUGUCAGAAAUCUACCUUUUGACUUGACUUGGCAGAAACUAAAAGAGAAAUUCAGUCAGUGUGGUCAUGUAAUGUUUGCAGAAAUAAAAAUGGAGAAUGGAAAGUCAAAAGGCUGUGGAACAGUCAGAUUUGACUCACCAGAAUCAGCUGAAAAAGCCUGCAGAAUAAUGAAUGGCAUAAAAAUCAGUGGCAGAGAAAUUGAUGUCCGCUUGGAUCGUAAUGCAUAAUUUCAAGCCAUGGUUGGAACAUUCCUACAUCUGUUUUGCUGAAUCUCCUAGUAAAAGUCAUUUUUUUUUAAGUAAUAUUGUAUGCUUACAAAAGCUGUAAAAAUGAACUUUUAAAACUCCCACCAGCUUUUAACAGUAUAAUGUUAAAAAUAUACUGUAAAUUUUUGUUAAUCUCAAGUUUGGGUUUUUAAAGACAGCAAGUCUGGUCAUUCAGUUUAAAUGAAUGGUUAUACCGUUUUUAAUGAAAUAAGCCAUUUUCUUGUUGUUUUCAGUACUACAUAGUUGGAUUUGUUCUAGUUUCUCCAGUUUUUGUCAACUUAUUGUAUGGUAAAACAGAUUCCCCCCCCCCCAAAACUUCUGUUUUAUAAUAUGUAAUUGUUCAUGAAAAGAAAGGGCUCAGAAAAGUUAGGAUAUGAUUUUGGUUGGUUUUAAAUUACUGUAAGUUUUAGAUUCUGAGGUUCAGGAUUUUAAAAAUUUGAUUUAAAUGAAGAAAUCGAUUUUUCUGUCUGCCCCUCCCUGCCAUUCAUAUUUUCUGCAUAACACUAUUAAUAAUAUCAACCUCCACAGCCCCUUAUUUUAUUAUUUCCAAUAAUUCCAAGUUCAUAUAGAACUGAUAAUGUAGCAAGCCCCAAGUAUGAUAAUAGGCAGACUGUUCCCAACUUUCUGUCUAGUUUCCAGCCAUUGAAGUGAACUGCUAAAAAAAGAAAAAUAAUUGAAAUGUUGAGAGAGAUGGUUAUGUAAGUUAGUCCUCUGCUGUUUACUUCUAUAGGAGCUGAUCCAUUUAUAAAUGCAGUUUUAAUAAACCAUGGAAUACCAAGGCACAACAUAUCAAACACAUUGGAUCCCACGAUGUUAGACAUAGCCAUAUCUCCUUUCCCUACAAAAGAAAAGCAUAUUGUUAAAAUGUGCUUACCAAUACUGUAUUUUAUUAAUCUUCAUAAGAAAAGAAACACUGGAUACUUUUUUGUUGUUGAUUCAUUUUGGAAAAUUGUUAGAGCAAAAGUCUUACUGAAUUUGUAUUUUUAAAUUUUUCUUGGGUUAGUAUUUAAAGUCUUAACAUUUAUUUAAUUAUAUUUAUUAAACCAUUUUUCAAUAAGGUAUAUAGCUUACUUGUUGCUUUGCAUUGUAAUUUAACAUGGUUAAUUACUAUUUAAUGCACAUUUCAAAUGAAUAUUAUUUGGGGGAUUAGAUUGUGUGAAAUUAACCUGCUAUUAAAUAGUAAACUUUUCCUCUUGAGUCACUUUUUUUUUCCCCUUCAAAGUAUGUUACUGAGGAAGUAAACUCUUUUUUUUUUUUUGAGACUGAGUCUUGCUCUGUUGCCCAGGCUGGAGUGCCGUGGCGUGAUCUCAGCUCACUGCAACCUCCGCCUCCUGGAUUCAAACAAUUCUCCUGCCUCAGCCUCCUGAGUAGCUGGGUUUACAGGCGCAUGCCACCAUGCCCGGCUAAUUUUUUUAUUUUUAAUAGAGACGGGGUUUCACCAUGUUGGUCAGGCUGGUCUCAAACUCCUGACCUUGUGAUCCACCCGCCUCGGCCUCCCAAAGUGUUGGGAUUACAGGCAUGAGCCACCACACGCGGCCGGAAGUAAACAUUUUUAAAGCUACUUUUACUCAUUCUAGCCAUGUAGAAUGACCAUUGCAGCUUGAGGGACCUAGUUCUUACCUUUUCUUGCGACCAACACACUUGUAAUUGUGUCUGGUAUGCUUGUUCCUGCUGCUAAUAAAGUAAGGCCCAUUACUGUAUCUGGAAUUUCUAGUGUUUCCCCUGUAAUAAACAGAUAUUUCAGGUUACAAAUCUUAAAGAUUCACUAACCAUCCUUUGCAGUUAUUUUGAGUAUUUCCUUCCUGAACAAAAAUAAAAUAGGCACUUUUAGAAUUCAGAGCCAAUAUGUGCUUGCUUAGUUUUUUAGCUAGCAACAUAUUUGAAUCAGGCUGAUAAUUUGGGUAACCCAGGUAGCACAGAUUUUUAAUGACAUAUCUAAAGAUGUGUAACAGCCAAAAUUCUGCCAAUGAGAAAUUUUCCUGUUUGAUAUUCUUACAGAAGAUGUUUAUGUCCACCAUUAUCUCAUCAGGGCUGUGCUGAAUAUUUGCUAAUGAGACUGAUCAUUCCUCUUUUUCUUUCUUAAAAAUUUUUAUUAAAUUAGAGUUAAGCAAAUUAAUUAUAGCUAUCUUUAAGCUAUAAAUGUGUUAACAUAUAUAUAUACCAUUUAUUAUGUUCUACUUUAUUGAUAUACCUUAAUUUAGUGGGCUUUGGCAGGGUGGGGAGGGGGAACAUUCAUUAAUCUUUCAGGAAAACAAAACCUGUUUGUUUUCUACUUGAGUCUAACAUAUGGUCCCAAUUUAUUAAUACUUCUGUUAAAUUUGAUGUCAGGUCAACAUUUAUCAGAAAUAUAUUUAUUCUCAGAAACAGAACCAGAGAGAAGUUAAAAAAAUGUUAAAACAUAUGUAACUGUUCUUUUAAUGUUGUAAUUGAAAACUUGGUUUAGCAUCUUUUUUGCUUUUUCUUAAAAUGCCAGUUAAAAUAACUUAAUUAGAAAGUAGCUUAUUUAUUGCAUGCUUACAUAUUGAUACUGGAAUUGGAAUUGGUUAAUUUCCAUUACUGGCUUUGCUAGAAUUCAUACGUGCAUAAAUAACACUAAUAUUUAUAAUC